AUGUCAAGCUCCAACAAUUCUGCACCAGAACAACUCUGCUACAUCCCUUGCAACCUUUGCAACAUCAUUCUUGCGGUGAAUGUUCCAUGCAGUAGCUUGUUUGAAACCUUGAUGGUCCGAUGUGGGCAGUGCACCAAUCUGUGUUCAGUGAACAUGGCGACUUCCUUUCAAUUCAGGGCUGGAAAAGAUAUUCAGGUCCCCAACGACACCUCAUCGGAGUACAGAAUUGACUUAGGCUCUUCUUCCAGAUGCAAGAACAAGGUACCAAAGCGAGCAACAACUAUUACUACCACUCGAGAAAGGGUUGUGAAUCGACCUCCUGACAAGAGGCAUAGGGCACCUUCAUUGUACAACCAGUUCAUCAAAGAGGAGAUUCAAAGGAUAAAGCUGAACAAUCCUGAUAUCAGUCAUAGGGAGGCAUUUAGCACUGCUGCCAAAAAUUGGGCACGCUUCCCUCACAUCCAUUUUGGACUGAUGUUGGAGACUGAGAAUCAACCUAAGCUAAAUGAUGACUCGACCGAGCAUUUCCAGCAGCUGCUUAAGUAA